UUACGUUGUACCAAAGUUUCUUCACAACCCAAAUAUCAGUCCUUAUUCUUCUUUGAUCAUUCUCAAAAUCUUUUUUAAGACAUCAUGGGUGUCAUAAGUUAUGAUAUUGAGAUCACUUCCUCAAUCCCUCCCGCCAAGAUGUUCAAGGCCUUUGUCCUUGACGCUGACACUCUCAUUCCAAAGAUCUUGCCACAAGCUAUUAAGAGUGUCGAAAUCCUUGAAGGAGAUGGAGGACCUGGAACCAUCAAGCUCGUCACUUUUGGCGAAGGAAGUCAAUAUAAGAGCGUGAAGCACAAGGUUGAUGGGAUCGACAAAGAGACUUUCACCUACUCAUACAGCAUAAUCGAAGGUGAUGCUUUGAUGGGUGUACUUGAAUCCAUCUCUUACGAGAUCAAAAUCGAAGCCUCUGCCGAUGGAGGAUCCAUUUGCAAGAACAGUAGCAAAUAUCACACAAAAGGCGAUGCCCAAAUUACAGAAGAACAAAUUAAAUCUGGCAAAGAAAAGGCCUCUGGAAUGUUCAAGGCUGUUGAGGCCUACCUCUUGGCAAAUCCUGAUGCCUGCUAGAACAAAUGACGCCUUAUAGUCUAUAUAUAUAUAUAUAAAUAUCCCAUGAGUGUGCUUUUGUAUCAUUUGCUAAAAUUGGGGUUUCCUCCACGUUUCUUGUUCUGUCUAAAAUUUUAUUUUUUGCUUGAUAGUAUGUAUGUUCCUAUUGUGAUCAAGUUUCUUGCAUUGCCUUGAUUGGAGAGUCCAUGUACUAUUUUACUUAUAAUUCAAAGUCUUCUGUUUGAUUAA